AAAUAACCUUGAUAAGCUCAAAAAAGACACAAGCUCUUUAUUGCAGACACUACAAUUAUUGCCGCUCAGAAAGAUGCGCUUUUCAAGCAAGUUGUCCCUUCAACAAAAUGACGAUAAACCAAUCAAAAGUUUGAAAAAGAAGCUCGGACACGAUGCUGUCCUUGUUCUCGGAGAUUGGUCUGCCGCGAACGUAAAAUUCCAUGAAUCCAUCCGAAAUAAAGGGUUUAUUCAAAUGUUGAAGCAGAGCGGUUUUAAUUUGUACUUGAUAAAUGAAUACAAAGCCUCAUCAUUAUGUCCUGACUGUGAAGGAAAAUUAGAAAAGUUCAAGAUAAUUGACAACCCUAGGCCAUAUAGACGAAAAGAUAUGUCAAAAGUUAAGGCAAUGAGCUGCUGAGGCACAAAGACCACUCACCAAACAAAUUAUGGAACCGUGAUCUGGCAGCAGUGUGUAACUUCAAAGAGAUCUUUAUGAGUCUCAGAGAGACUGGGGAACAUCCAAGUUGCUUUAGACAAACACAGCCACUCUCAAGGCCAAGUCACAAGCGAAAA